AUGACCGCAAAUUCGUCGAUAUCGCGAGAGCUGCAAAAUUUGAAUUUUUUAGAGAGGCAAUCUCGAAGAGGGCUUUCUUCAAACUAUGUUGUUCAGCUGCUUGAUGCCUUCCCUCACAAAGGCCCCAACGGGGUCCACCAAUGUCUUGUAUUUGAAUUACUUGGUCCUUCAGUUGAUAAGGUCCUCUCGGACUACCAUGAGAGUCACGACAAGCUUCACCCGGAAACCGUGCUCCGAAUUUCUACGCAGCUUUUGAAAGCUGUCAAAUUUAUUCACAGUGCCGGCAUGUGCCAUGGAGACAUUAGUGGUCGGAACAUUGCAUUCACUUGCACUCAUUUGUCCAAACAAACCGAGGAGCAGCUUUUUGAUGUUAUUGGUUUCCCGGAGAUUGAGCCGCUGAAACGAAUUGAUGGCACUCCUCUAGGGAAUGAAUUGCCGGCCCAACUGAUCAAGGCAGCAGAAUGGACUGAGUGGAUAGACGAGGACGACGAAGAUAUUCGGCUUCUUGAUUUUGGAGAGAGUUUCUAUCAAGGACAGGAACCUCAGAAGCUGGCCCAGCCGGGUUCAUUGAGGGUACCAGAGACGAUUUUCACCGACUGCUUUGAUUAUCGCGUCGACUUAUGGCGCACAGGUUGCAUGAUUUAUUCCUUCUUAUUCACGACCUGGCCAUUCUGGUAUCUUGGCGAGGACGAAGUUUUAAUUUUUCAAAUGAUUGGCUUUGUGGAGAGGUUGCCGGCUGAAUGGGAGUCUAAGUGGGAAUCAAUGCAGAUGACGUCUAGCCAUAAUCUGGAGCUAGAAGAAGAUUAUGGAACCUCGAAGCUUGAACAGAAGUUUGCUGGUUUGGUACCCGAUCCAACUCUCGAACCUCUACUUCAUGUGAUCCAAGGAUUGAUGCGAUUUUUACCGUCUAGUCGCCUUACUGCAGAAGGGGCACUUGAUUUGCUGGGUAACGCUCAAGAUUAA